AUGACGGGCCAGUCUCCCUCUCCCUCCGUAAAGAUACCCACCGGUGCCGCGAACUACACACAAGCGACCAUCGAUCCCGAGCUGAGAUCGACUUUAAAUGGCCUUCUGCUCCAAGAAGGCCACGUUAGGCGGCAAAAGGCUGUCAACGGUGCCGACCAGAAGCCGAACUUGGCCCUUCCCCAAGCCGUCAUUGAUGAAGCAGUGAAAAUCACGAGAGAAUGUUUAGAGGAGAUUGCCACUCUUGAGUGA